AUGGCUCACCAGGUACUGUUGUGCGCAUGCGCGCUUCUAAGCGCGGCCAGUGCGGGCUACCUGGGCUCUCCCGCCGUCUCCUACUCGGCGGCUCCCGCCCUGCGAGGUGGCCUUCCUUACAACGCUGGACUCAGACUCACAGGUCCAGCAGGUAGCGCCACAGCAGCAGCGAGUGCCAGACUGCCUGCUGGCGGCCUAUCAGCCACUCUCCUCGGUGGGGCCCUAGGUGGCGCCUACCCUGGCGUCGGUGGUGCCUACUCUCGACAGGCCACCGGCUACUCUGGCGUCGCUCCCGGUUACGCCGGCCUGGGCCGCCUGGGUGCGUCCUCCGCCGAGGCCGUCGACGCCUACUACGACACCAACCCGCAGUACAGCUUCAGCUACAGCGUCAGCGACGCCCUGACCGGCGACGCCAAGCAGCAGCAGGAGAGCCGCAGCGGCGACGUGGUGGAGGGCAGCUACAGCCUGGUCGAGCCCGACGGCAGCGUCCGCACUGUCCAGUACAUGGCUGCCCCUGGAGCCGGUUUUAAUGCUGUCGUCUCCAAGGACGGAGUCCCCGCCGGGACUUCUUCUCUUGGAGCAGCUGUCGCCCCUGCCGUUGCUGUCUCUAAAGCUGCUCUUCCAGGAGCUGCUGGCUACUCGCUGCCCCCAGCUGCCGCCGCUGGAGUCUACGGAGCGCCCCUGAAGACCGCAAACGCCACAGUCGCCACCCGUCACUCCAAGGUCCACUACUAG